AUGACAAAAGACAUUCCAAUAAUAGAUUUUCAUUUGUACAAACAAGAUUUAAAAGAAUUUUCUGAAAAUAUUAAAAAAGCAAUUGAAAAUAUUGGUUUUUUUUACUUGAAAAAUCAUGGAAUUACUCUACAAGAAAUUUCAGAGAUGUUUGAAAAUACAUUUCAAGAUGAUGGAAUAUUAACACAAGAAUUGCCUAAUAUCUUUAUGGAAAAUUUGGAAAAAAUUUAUAAAUUUGAAAAAAAAUGUCACAAUCUAUGUAUGAAUAUAUUGGAGGGACUUGCAAUCUCAUUAGAAAUACCUGAAUCAGAAGGCGGAAGAUUUUGGUUUAAAAGUAGACAUAGAUAUGAAAAGAAAUCAGGAAGUGUUUUAAGAGCGUUACAUUAUCCACCAUCAACUUUCUUCACCGAAAAUAUCAAAGAAAAAGAUACUAGAGCUGGAAGUCAUUCAGAUUAUGGAUCUUUAACACUGCUAUUUCAAAAAGAUGUUGGUGGUUUAGAAAUAUAUUUGAGUGAUAGUAAUGACAAUAGUGGUGAUGGAGAUAAUGGAGAAGAAGAAUCCAAGUGGAUUUCAGCUCCAAUUAUACCAGGAUGUAUAAUAAUUAAUAUUGGAGAUUUAAUGAACUUUUGGACAAAAGGUUUAUUAAAAUCUACAAAACAUCGUGUAGUAUUUAAAAACAAUACAAUGAAUACGGAUAGAUAUAGCAUCGCCUAUUUCCUUCAUCCUGAAGAUGAUACUCAUUUAGAUCCAAUUCCGAGUAGAUUUAUUGAUAAUUCCACUAUUUCUAAUACCGAUAAUGUUGAAGGAGGGAAGAGUGAAAGAGUGGGAAAUGAUAGUAGUAAGAAAAUGACAGCUGGAGACUAUUUAAAAUAUAAAUUAGAUAUGACUCAUUUUACUUAUUAA